AUGCCUUUACGAAAACCCAGCAAGUAUGGUACUAAAUUCAGAUCUAACUCAGUGUUGUUCAACCCCAAGCAUACGAAAACAGUUGAGUCCUCUGAUCUCAGAUCUACUGAAGCGACGUCACAAGAUGAGAAAUUCAAGGCGGUUAGGCUGGCGAACAGCAUUGACGAGGCAAUGGGUUUCUCGCGAUUUGAAUCCGGAAAUUCAAGGGUCGGGUGGCUUAUCAACAUGCACAGCACUAUAAUAGAGGACCCUAAGGUGCCUGGAGGACGGGCUGGUGUGGAGUAUUAUUUUCUGGAGGACAAUGGCACCAGUUUCAAGGCUAUAGUAGAAUACGAUCCGUAUUUCCUCAUCGCGACAAAGAGAGGGCAUGAAGGGGAAGUAGAAGAGUGGUGCAAGAGAAUGUUUGAAGGUCUGGUGAAAAGUGUGAAGCAGGUUGAGAAGGAAGACCUACAGAUGCCGAAUCAUCUCCUGGGCUACAAAAGGAUGUUUCUGAAGCUAAGUUUUGCCAACGUUGGCCACUUGCUUGAGGUUCGGAGAUCGAUAUUGCCAAUUGCGCAGAAAAAUAAGAAGAAUGUGAAUGCGAUGGACACAUAUACGGAGAUGGCUAGCGCAAAUGUUGGAUUCGAUCUUUUUGACGAAGAAGUUAAUGAUAGACCCCAUAAUGCAUUUAUGGAUGCCGGCGAGUUUAUCGUUGAUAUUCGAGAAUAUGAUGUUCCUUAUCAUGUGCGGGUUUCUAUUGAUAAAGAUAUUCGUAUUGGGAAAUGGUAUACGGUUCAGUCGAAGAACGGAAUUAUUUCCUUAAGUUGUAUUGAAGACCGACUCAAACGAGCGGAUCCAGUCGUUCUGGCUUAUGAUAUUGAGACUACAAAGCUUCCACUUAAGUUCCCCGACGCGGUUAUUGACCAGAUAAUGAUGAUAUCGUACAUGAUUGAUGGCCAAGGGUAUCUCAUAACGAAUCGAGAAAUUGUGUCUGAAGAUAUUGCUGAUUUCGAGUACACGCCAAAACCGGAGUACGAAGGUCCAUUCACCAUCUUUAAUGAGCCAGAUGAAAAAAGUACCAUCGAGCGCUUCUUUGCUCAUAUUAAAGAAGUAAAGCCUACCGUUAUUGCGACCUACAACGGUGACUUCUUCGACUGGCCAUUUGUCGAAGCUAGAGCAAGCAUCCAGGGAAUUGACAUGUAUUCUGAAAUUGGCUUUCGGAAAAACAGUGACGAUAUUUAUGAGAGCAACUAUUGCGUUCAUAUGGAUUGCUUCUCAUGGGUUAAUCGGGACAGUUACCUGCCUCAAGGAAGUCGAGGUCUGAAGGCCGUCACUGUGGCCAAACUGGGCUAUGACCCAGACGAGCUUGAUCCAGAAGUCAUGACGAGAUACGCAAGUGAACGCCCUCAGACUUUAGCAGAAUACUCAGUUUCCGAUGCAGUGGCCACGUAUUACCUAUACAUGAAAUACAUCCACCCCUUUAUUUUCUCACUUUGUACGAUUAUCCCUCUAAAUCCCAACGACGUUCUCCGUAAGGGCACGGGAACAUUGUGUGAAAUGUUACUCAUGGUUGAGGCAUACCGGGGAAAUAUUAUCUUGCCAAACAAACAUACAGACCCACCAGAAUCGUUCUGGAAUGGACACCUCCUGGAUUCUCAAACCUAUGUUGGUGGACACGUGGAAAGUAUCGAGGCUGGCGUUUUCAGGAACGAUAUUCCAGUCAAUUUCACCAUUGAGACUACCGCAAUUGAUGAGUUGCUUAGCGAUCUUGACUCUGCUCUUAAAUUUAGUAUCACUGUGGAGGAGAAGAAGUCUCUGGAGGAUGUUACCAAUUAUGACAAAAUUAAAGAUCAGAUAGCAGCCAAACUACUCAAUUUGAAGGAGACUCCCAAUAGGAACGAGAGACCAACGAUAUACCAUUUGGAUGUCGCUUCUAUGUAUCCUAACAUUAUGACUACCAACCGACUUCAACCCGACUCUAUGAUCCAGGAAUCUGACUGUGCGGUGUGUGAUUUUAAUAGACCAGGGAAAACGUGUGAUAGACGUCUUCCUUGGUCUUGGAGAGGCGAAUUUCUGCCCGCAAAGCGAGAUGAAUACAACAUGAUUCGACGUGCCGUGGCCAACGAGAAAUUCCCUGGCAAGACACCAAAGAGCCCCAUGAGGAUGUUUGACGAAUUGAGCACAACCGAGCAAGCCGCAAUUGUGAAAAAGCGAUUGCAAGACUACAGUAAAAAGAUAUAUCACAAAAUCCACGAUAGCAAAACAAUACAGCGGGAAGCCAUUAUCUGCCAGCGAGAGAAUCCGUUUUACGUUGAUACAGUGCGGAACUUUAGAGAUCGGCGAUAUGACUUCAAGGGCCAGCAAAAGGUCUGGAAAGGCAAAGCUGAUGCGCUAAAAGCUGCUGGAGCUCCGUCAGUGGAAGUUGACGAGGCCAAAAAAAUGAUCAUCCUUUUUGAUUCCCUCCAGCUGGCGCAUAAAGUUAUUUUGAACAGCUUUUACGGAUAUGUCAUGCGAAAGGGGUCACGUUGGUACUCAAUGGAAAUGGCUGGUGUGACAUGUCUUACUGGAGCUCAUAUCAUUCAAAUGGCGCGGGAACUGGUAGAACGGAUUGGCCGUCCAUUAGAACUCGAUACCGAUGGUAUUUGGUGCAUGCUUCCAGCAACAUUUCCCGAAAAUUUCGCCUUCACCCUGAAAAAUGGGAAGAAGCUGCCGAUAUCAUACCCUUGUGUCAUGCUCAACCAUCUGGUCCAUGCACGAUUUACCAAUCACCAGUAUCAAACACUUGUCGAUCCGAAAACCUUCAGAUACGAGACCCAUAGCGACAACACCAUAUUUUUCGAGGUAGAUGGUCCUUACAGGGCUAUGAUCCUCCCAACAUCAAAAGAAGAAGACAAGAAUCUUAAGAAAAGAUAUGCUGUUUUCAAUCAUGAUGGCUCUCUUGCUGAGCUCAAGGGUUUCGAGGUGAAGCGAAGGGGCGAGUUGAAGUUGAUUAAGAUAUUCCAAACACAAAUCUUCAAGUUCUUCCUAGAAGGCACAACGCUCGCUGAAACAUACGCAGCUGUAGCUGAAGUUGCUAAUAGAUGGCUUGAUGUUCUACACUUACACGGAACUACAUUGGCGGACGAGGAACUUAUCGACUUAAUUUGUGAGAACAGAAGUAUGUCCAAAACUCUGGAGGAAUAUGGAAAUCAGAAGUCAACUUCCAUCACAACCGCAAAACGACUAGCAGAAUUCUUGGGGGACCAGAUGGUGAAAGACAAAGGCCUGAACUGCAAAUACAUUAUAUCUGCUAAGCCAAGGAACUUCCCCAUUACCGAGCGAGCAAUUCCUGUCGCGAUCUUUUCCGCCGAAUACAACGUCAAACGGUUCUUCUUAAGGAAAUGGCUAAAAGACGAUCCUGGAGAUAUGGACCCCCGGACACUCAUUGACUGGGACUACUAUCUUGAGAGGUUGGGAUCUGUAAUUCAGAAGCUUAUCACCAUUCCGGCCGCUCUUCAAAAAGUCCGAAAUCCCGUUCCACGAGUUCCUCACCCAGACUGGCUCCAGCAGCGAAUCAAUAUUAAAGACGACAAGUUUAAGCAAAAGAAAUUGACUGACCUGUUUGAGAAAAUACCCUUAUCAGAUCUCCCGACAAAUAUUAUGGACCAUCGCUUACCGUCUAGCGGAGAUAUGGAAGAUAUGGUAUCGCAAUCGGUGCAUAAACAAAAGCUCAAUUCAGUAAAUAAGAGCUCACAGAAACGAAAAGGGCCUGAUAACACUACAAGCCAGUUGGACCCAUUCGCAAGCCUCCCAGCGACAAUGCCAUCCAUGACUGAAGACUAUGAAGACUGGCUGAAGUAUCAGAAACAAAAAUGGAAAAUCCAAAAACAGGCUCGAAUCCGUCGGCGGAAGCUCUUCGGUGAGAGGACAAGCACAACGUCAAAUGCAAUCGGUAACUUCUUCCGGAAUCAGGCAGAACUCAUCUAUGUUAAAACAUGGCAAAUAUUACAACUCAAGGAAACGGAUAUUCCGGGUGAAGUCCGGAUGUUUGUACUCAUUGACCACAAGAUACAUGCGCUUACAAUCAAAGUUCCGCGGCAAAUCUUCAUUAAUCUAAAAUGUGAGGACCUUCCUGAUGUUGAUUUGGCUGGGUGUUCUGUGCAAAAGGUUAAUCACUCAUUGCCCAAUGGUCACCCAUCUGUUCAUCUCUUCAAAAUGACGAUGCCCGAGGAUACCUAUUUGAAAGAAGCGGACAAGAUCUCCCUCCUCCUAAACCAUCCCAGUGUCGAGGGGGUCUAUGAGAAGAAAAUUCCUCUCAGUGUCCGAGCUGUGCUAAAGCUUGGUACGCUUUGUACAUUCGAUGAAAGCCAACGGGGAGUUUUGGGAGAAGGUCUCGAAAACGGCUUCGAACUUUCGACACUCCUGCGGGCCGAACAACCAACGCAACAGUACCUAGUAGAUACCUCCAUGGAGUACAUCUUCCUCUACCACGUGAUUUCCGGUGAUCGGCAGAUUUUUAACCUCUGCUCCAGCAGGAAAGAAGAAGCCCAUAUUGUGAUAUUCUCGCGAUUAAGGGAAGUGCAAGGGUUUCCGAACGCUGAUAAGAUAUACAGGGAAGCUCUCCAAAAGAAAGUCCAGGACCAAGCUGGAGAAUCGUGGCAGCAGAUAUUUGACUACCAAGAAAGUAUCCAUUUUAAGACAACGCAGGUAACAACGAAAAGAAAAGCGCUCCUUGAGGUUGGCGAUAUAAUCAAAAAAUUCCGAAAUGAGAGCAACCAGGCAAUCAUGCUUGUCAUUCAAUCACCCCAAAGGCGCCAAUUGUCCCAGGAGAUACCCAUACUCAAGGAACAUCCUGUUUUACCAUUAAAGGCUGAGGCAUCAGACAAUGAUCUCCCUCCUCUUGGUUGGCAAUCCUUCGUUGUGAAGCAAAUAGUCAUGCACUAUUUAGCUCUGGGCUCAUGGCUAUAUCAUCUUGGCGAGCUCGCCCGAUAUGGGGACGUUCCAAUCUGUAACUUAGAAAAGGAUGAUCCCAAAUAUUUGAUCGAUAUCGCGUAUGCCAGGCGACUGGAACAAAACAAUAUAGUUCUGUGGUGGUCUCCGUCGCCACUUCCGGACCAUGCUGGUUAUGAAAAGGACGAUAUCCUUGGACCGAUACAUAAAGUGGACAUGCCUUCAAGGAACAAUCCAGGGGCCUACUCCUCUGUCUGUAUUGAAGUCGAAGUCCGGAACCUCGCGAUUAAUACUAUUCUCACGUCAUCCCUCAUCAACGAACUUGAAGGUAGUGAAUCUACUUUGCUGAACCCCGUUGCCCCCAGUUCAGGGGCGUCUGACGGAACAGGCGUGUUAUACUCUGAUACAGCUUUCGCUUCUGCUGGCAUUCUUGUCUUACGUGACUUGGUAAGGUCUUGGUGGGCGGAGGCGUGCCAAGGAAAGGGCAUGGCAGAUAUCAUGGUCCAGCAUUUGAUUCGAUGGGUUGAAAGCUCGGACUCCUUCCUUUAUGACCGGUCACUGCAUCACCAUGUCCAAAUGAUGUCAAAGAAGGCAUUUCAGCAAUUAAUGACUGAUCUCCGACGAGUGGGAUCUCAGAUCAUCUUCGCCAGUCCAAGUCGUUUAUUGCUUCAGACUAACAAGGGCGAAGUGGGCAACGCCUACGCUUACAGCCAGUAUAUCCUUAAGUCGAUCAAGGAGAAGCCACUUUUCCAUUUCUUGGAUUUGGAAAUCAAGGAGUUCUGGGAUUACCUUGUUUGGUAUGACGAAUUCAAUUUUGGUGGUAAAGGCUGCCAUGAAGUUGUGGAGGCUGAGAACCAAGAACUUGAGACGGUCAUGCAUUGGCAGCUAAGCCAGUUCCUCCCAAGGCCUUUGCAGUCUGUUUUCCUCGACUGGGUGGUUGAGUAUAUUGAGCUCAUGCAUGGGUUGAAGAGGCCCACCAUUGAGAACGGGAACACAAGCACGCCCCGGGUUACACAAUUGUCAUUCCAAUCGAUUACCGACAUCGAUACUGAGGAGAUGACAUCAAUUCUUACCGAAUCGUUUUCCAAACCCCUGAAACGACAAAUUGCGGGACUGAUACGGCGGCAACGGGAUGAGCUCUUGCACCCCGAACUCGCUUCGGACUAUGUUUUCCCAACACUACCGGGUGCGUCAUGGCGCCCAACAAAGCACGAACGCAACCCAACAUUGGAGUUGGUCAAGUCCCUCAUGCAAGUUCUAAGUCUGUGCAAAACCACUACUCUUGAAACUCGAGUCCUACGCCGGGACCUCCUUGCCCUUUUCGAGGUUAAGGAAUUCAGUGAUGAGGGAAGAUUUGAGAAUCCAAGCGGAAGUCUUAAGUUUCCACUGUUGAUAUGUAGUCAUUGUACCAUGGCGAGAGACCUGGAUAUUUGUCGGGACGGUGACAUACUCCCCGAGAACGACGCUGAAAGUAACAACGCCGCAACGAAACCUUGGUGUUGUCUUUUCUGCGGCACUGAGUAUGACAGGCUUGCCCUGGAGGAGCAGUUGAUCGGGCAAGUACAGGGCCUUGUUGUGGAAUGGCAGACACAGGACUUGAAAUGCUCAAAAUGCAAUAACCUUCGGGUCAGCGAGUUCAUGGAACAUUGUUCUUGUAGCGGAAAUUGGAUUGAGACGGUGGAUCUGAGGGCGAUUGAGAAGAAGCUGAAGCUUUUCAAGAGUGUUUCUAAGUUUUACGGGUUAAAAAUGCUGAUGACUAUUACGAAUGGCGUUUUGGAAAGGAUGUAG